UUUUUUUUAUUCAAUUUAUGAAUAUAAAAUAAGUUUGAAAAAAUGUAAAAAAUUAAUUUAUUAACCUUAAAUCUAUUUUUUUUUCUUUUACUUUUUAUUUUUUCAUCUCUACUUUUUUAUUGUAAAAUUUCUUUUCAAGAACUUAAAAUUCAAAUUGAUAUGGGUACACUAUUUUUUUUUCAUUUUGGAUUGAUUAUUCUACUUAAUUUUUAAAAUAUGUUUGGUUUUUGAAAAAUAUUUAAAAAAAUUUUAAAAAUAUUUUAUCAUGUUGAAUUUUAUUAUAAAAAAUAAAAAAAUUAAAAUUAGUUAGAAAUUUAUAUUUUUUAAAUUAUUUAAUUUUUAUAUGGAAAAGUUAAAAUAAGUGUGAGUUUAAAAUACUAUAUAAUCUUUUUUUUUUUUCCAUGCAUUUUCCGGAAACUGAAAAUACUAAACAAAUAUCCUAAAUAUAUAUUUGGCGGAGUUUCGUUAAUAAUCUCGUGGGGUGGGGCAAGGUUGAUUUCCAACCCGACCCAACGCAGUUUAUAUAAGAUUCUCCGAGUCAUUAGGGUUUAUCCUCUGAUAACGUUUGUUCAAAGAGCCAUCUUUCAACGCCUUCCCUACAAGCAGAACCAAAAGGAAUGGCAACAGCUCCCGCAAUUUCAACUAGGAGUUUGCCGUCAUUUGAAGGGCUUCGACCUUCAACAGUCAGAGUGCCUUUGGUUCGUCUGCCACUAAGAGCAGCGGGUCUCACACAGAGGCCGGUCAGGGGUCUGGUUGUCAGAGCUGCCACUUCAAUUGGCCCCAAGUAUACUUCCUUGAAGCCCUUGGCUGAUAGAGUGCUGGUGAAGAUUAAAACUGUGGAGGAGAAGACCGGAGGUGGUAUUUUACUUCCAACAACAGCUCAAACAAAACCUCAAGGAGGGGAGGUUGUUGCUGUUGGAGAGGGCAGGACAGUUGGGAAGAACAAAGUAGACAUUGGUGUAAAGACCGGUACCUCGGUAGUGUAUUCCAAGUAUGCCGGGACUGAGUUGGAGUUCAAUGGAUCAAAUCAUCUUAUAUUGAAGGAAGAUGAUAUAGUCGGUAUUCUUGAGACAGACGAUAUCAAGGAUCUGAAGCCCUUGAAUGAUAGAGUCUUAAUCAAGGUUGCUGUGGCCGAAGAAAAGACUGCUGGAGGCUUGUUGCUUACUGAGGCAACAAAGGAGAAACCUUCCAUUGGCACUGUGAUUGCAGUUGGACCUGGGUCUCUGGAUGGGGAGGGUAAUAGGAAACCACUGUCAUUAAGCCCAGGCAGCACAAUUAUGUACUCCAAGUAUGCAGGAAAUGAGUUCAAGGGCAGUGAUGGUUCUGAUUACAUAGCUUUACGGGCGUCUGAUGUGAUGGCUGUGCUUUCCUAGUAUAUGUGCAUUGUUUAUAAAACUGAUCUUUCUGGUAGAGUCCAUUGAAAACUCGUGGAUUUUAAAUGUAACCACACUUGGAAAUUGGAAUAUGCUUGAUGCAGCAUUCAGUUGUUAAUCCAAUUGCGGCUCUGUAUUCUCAUCUGGGUCUUUUUUUGUCUUUGUUUUUCAAAAAAUUUCUGGAUUUCUUUCAUGUGUUUUGUAGCUGAAGAUGUGUUAUGUAAGGCUUUUGGAUCA